UCAUCUCACUCAGGAAGGUACUGUAGCUAUGACAUGUGGGGACACACUAAGAAUCCCACCAUUAAGCCAUAAAAUGGCCAUCUGGAGAAAAGUGACCCUCUUGCUGUUUCUUACAGGAACGUUGGUGAAGCCUGGUCUGAGCACUGUGAUCCUGGAUCAGCCACCAAGGACAGUGGAAGUUCAUCUUGGUUCCUCACUUACCCUGAACUGCAGUUUUAUGCCCCAAACUCGUGUCACGGUGAACUGGUAUUUCAGCCCAACUGGCCACUCAAGCUGCAGCUCUAAUACACUGCUGAACAGCAGUACCCAUUCGGCAGACAAAAGUGGGAAGCUGGAUGCUGGGGGUCAUGUAUCUAAAGAAUCUAGAGAGAGUUGGUCCAGAUUAAUUCUUAAAGAUGUCACACACAAUAACAGUGGAUGGUACUUUUGCCAUGUCUCAGUAGAGAUUCCCGUCCUUCAACAAGCAUGUAGCAAUGGAACUCAUGUUAAUAUAUCGGACAACCAGAUGAAAAGUACCACUUAUACUCCAUUGAUGACAGACUGGAGGCUGUGGGUAGCAGUGGGAGCAGCGAGUGCCAUACUUGUCACACUGCUAGUGGUCAUCUGGAUCUUAAUACAACGAAGGGGAUGCAAGAGCAGAGAAAAUCCUAUCUAUUCGAAUAUGCCUCCACCAAGAUCUGCAAUAAAACAGCCCUCUCCGCAUCCAGGAAUACAGAUGGACAACCAGAAGUUUCCUUCUCCUUUAAAACACACCAGGACCCCAGCCACAGCCCAUUACAGCAAACAUGUCAGGACCCCAACUCCAGCCAGGACCCAUGACAGCAAAUAUAGCCUAGAAUCCUAAGACUUUUUAUGAUUCCAAUUAAUCAUAUUUCCUCUACUGAAACUAUGUCAGCAAGUAAUUUGUUAUCUCGUGUGUUGUGAGUGAAGUCUGACUUGGUCCUAUCCUGUCCUAUUACAUGAGCUAUCACGUUAGUAUGUUUUUUUCAGGGACUGCUGUUGAUUACUUUUCCAGCAAUUGGCAUGCCAUGGUAGCCUACUAAAUUCUGAGAAAUUAUUGUUGUGUAAAUAUUAUUCUCAGGGUAAUUUAAUGUUCUCCAAGUUCUAUAAAGCAUAAUCUAGCAAUAAAGAAAAUAAGUGCUA